AUGGACGUCGUUUCAGCUGCCGCGGGCUAUGUCACCAAGAUGGUGUCCACUGGCGACAGCACCACGUCGGGCGUGCCCUCGACCAAGAUGAAAAUGCUGCUGCUCGACCGCGAGACCAUGGCCAGCAUCUCGACCGCCGUCACGCAGUCGGCCCUCCUCAACCACGAGGUCUAUCUGGUCGAUCGCCUCGACAACCCGAACCGCGACAAGAUGCGCCACAUGCGCUGUCUCUGCUUUGUGAGGCCCCAUCCCGACUCGAUCGGCCUGCUCAUCGACGAGCUAAGGGAGCCCCGGUACGGAGAGUACCACCUUUACUUCAGCAACGUCGCCAAGAAGUCGACCCUCGAGCGCCUCGCUGAGGCCGACGACCACGAGGUAGUCAAGCUAGUUCAGGAACACUUUCUCGACUUCCUCGUCAUCAACCCGGACCUGUUCUCGCUCAACAUGUCGCCGCCUCUCUACCGCAUCUGGAGCGGCAACGCCGACACGUGGAACACAGACUCGCUGCAGCGCGCCACCGAGGGCCUCGUCGCCGUGCUCCUGGCCCUCAAGAAGAAGCCGCUAAUUAGAUACCAGAAGAGCAGCCUUCUCGCCAAGAAGCUUGCCUCCGAAGUGCGCUACUACAUCACCCAGGAGGACCAGCUAUUCGACUUCCGGCGCGUAGACACGCCCCCAAUCCUGCUGGUCCUCGACCGGCGAGAGGACCCCGUUACACCGUUGCUCAACCAGUGGACCUACCAGGCCAUGGUGCAUCACCUCCUUAGCAUCAACAAUGGCCGCGUCGAUCUCAGCGCCGUGGCCGAUAUCUCGGCCGACCUUAAGGAAAUCGUGCUGUCACAGGACCAGGAUCCCUUCUUUAAAAAGAAUAUGUACAUGAAUUUUGGCGACCUGGGCGGCAACAUCAAGGACUACGUGGAGCAGUACCAGUCCAAGACCAAGAGCAGCGGGAAUAUUGAGACUAUCUCUGACAUGAAGCGCUUCAUCGAGGAAUAUCCUGAGUUUCGUAAGCUCUCGGGCAACGUGAGCAAGCAUGUCACGCUGGUGUCGGAGCUCAGCAAGCGGGUUGCCUCGGAGAAUCUACUCGAGGUCAGCGAGGUCGAGCAAAGCAUUGCGUGCAAUGACAACCAUGCAUCCGACAUUAAAGUAAACCUAUCCCCUAAUUUUCACCCGUCCAACGCGCUUCCGAUGCUCGUCGACCUGCUCAGCGCUACUGGCGGUGUGCCGGCCCAAAAGGCCCAACAGGUGGCCAGGCUGCUGACAUAUCACUCGUCCCUGCAUCAAUCCCCGGCGGCUGGCGGCAUCACCGACAUCUUUGAGUCGACGGGCAUCUUUGGCGGAGCGAGCAGCCGCUUCAAGGGGCUCAAGGGGGUCGAGAACGUCUAUACCCAGCACUCGCCCCUGCUCGAGACUACGCUGCAGAAUCUCAUUAAGGGCAAGCUGCGCGAGCCGCAGUACCCCUUCAUCGAAGGCGGCGGCACCACGCGCGACAAGCCCCAGGACGUCAUCGUCUUUAUCAUCGGCGGCGCCACGUACGAGGAGGCCAAGAUGGUAGCCUCUAUCAACGCAUCAUUGCCAGGCGUCCGCGUCGUCCUCGGCGGCACCACCAUCCAUAAUGCCGCCACCUUUAUGGAGGAGGUGAACGAGGCCGUCUCGUCCUGGCCCGAGCCGCCGCCGUCGACCGUGGCCGGCAGGCUGAGGCAGGAGGUAGGGCGGCGGUAG